GGGGGGGGGGGGGGGGGUAUGCCGUCUGCAAGUUACGGUAACUUUCGGUGAGCCGUGCUCAUGGAGAGUGGGUAGACAGGAAGCGGAAGUGAAGUCUUGUUGUGGAGACUCGAAGCACCGGUUUCUCCACGUCAACCUUCCCGUUGAAGAAGCUUUUAAAACGUUUUACUUGUGAAUUUCCCUGGCCACAUUUAUUUAUUUGUACAUUUAUACAAUAUGGAGCGCUGUGUUCUAAUUCUAUUCGCACUGGUUAGCAUUACAAAAGUUGUGCUGUCUGGAGAACUUACCUUUGAGUUGCCAGACAACGAAAGAAUGUGUUUUCAUGAAGAGGUUCAGAAAGGUGAAUCUGCUACGCUGGAAUUUCAGGUGAUCACCGGGGGCAACUAUGAUGUGGACCUAGAGAUCACAGCUCCUAAUGGACAGGUGCUGUACAAGGACAUAAAGAAACAGUAUGACAGCUUCCACUGGACGGCCGAUCACAAGGGCAUCCACUCUUUCUGUUUCUCCAACGAGUUCUCCACCUUCACACACAAGAUUGUCUACUUUGACCUUGAGGUCGGUGACGAGAGGCCCGCUGUCGAGGAAAUGUCCGACCAUCAGACGGCCAUGACACUGAUGGAGACGUCGAGCGUGAACGUGUUUGAGAACCUCAAGUCUGUGCUGGACCACCAGACCCACCACCGUCUGCGAGAGGCCCAAGGUCGAGCCUUCGCCGAGGACCUGAACGAGCGUGUGCUGUACUGGUCGAUCGGCGAGUCGCUGGUGGUGGUUCUCAUCGGCAUCGGCCAGAUCAUGGUGCUCCGCAGCUUCUUCUCCAACACACACAAGACUUCCUCCGCUACAUGAUGGCCCAGGCACCUCGCUGGAACCUGGGG